CACCCAUCCCAACUCAACUCUUCCACACACACCUACCGAUAGUCGCUAAUUGUGAACGAACCGUGAUGGCUUGCAUUCAGUCAGGUGGAAUUUAUGCCCUUAUCAAUGUCAAAGCACAAAAUAGUUGUCUGGAUUUGUCCGGAGGGGAUAAUUAUUCCAUUAUCGGGUACGGAUACCACAGUGGUCCCAACCAAGCAUGGAUGUUCGAACGCCAAUACAACGGCAAUUAUUUAAUCAGAUCUAUCGGUUCCGGUCUCUAUCUCAACAUCGAAGGCGAGCCAAGGGAUGGCGCCAGAGUGGUGGCGAAACCGACCCAAUUCCAGUGGCACAUUGAGGAUGAACCAUCCUUCCAACAGGCAAUUAGGUUAUUUGUCCCUGGGACAAAUCAGAACGUCGACCUUUCGGACCAUGGGAAUGCUACGCCUGGUACCCCUGUAACUUUGUGGGGAAAGUGGAAUGGCAACAACCAGCUUUGGCGCAUUGAAAGUGUUGGCGGGGUUCGUUGAGGAAAAGUGGUUAGAUUGCAGCGGUAUGGCCAAAGGUAAUAUACAGUACUUACUGUGUUGAGAUGAUGCUGUGAAAGAGUGUAUAAUAUGUACAUUGCAAGAAAGACUAGCUCUGUCUCGUCGGAAUCCCAG